CGCAUGCACCUCAUGGUUCGAUUAGAUUUGUCUCACCAGCCGUUGAGGAGUCUGCCGCAGAAAAGGCUGAGUCUGCUCCGUAAUACCGUAUCGAAUUUCGGUCCGUCUUGGAGCUGGCAAAAUAUGUAGCAUUCCUUCUGGACCUUAAAAGCAACCGCACGCGCCCUCGGGUCGGGAGUCCAUGUCGGACUAUAAAGACAUAUAUUCCUGCUAGCCAAGGCAAGGCAAGCUCAUUUCAUUCGCCGGGCCAUCGCCUCGAUCACAGUCGCCGUGGACUUCGAUCAACGUUGUCGAACGCAAUCCCCCCGACCUCCUACCUCCGCCGACCAUCAUAGCGCCCAAUCUCGCAGAUGUGUCACCGACAACUGAGGUUCUACAAGUCAACACAAUGCGGUCAUUUGACUUUCACCGGAGACACCUACAUCGAUUGCAACUCUCCAAAUUGUCGCAUCAGUAGCGCACAUCCCGCCACCUGCGGAGGGCCGGGGACAGUCUGCCGUUGCAGACGCUAUUAUACGCAACCAGAGCGCAUCGUCACACAUGAGGCUAGUUGACGCGCUGAGCGUAGGCCGUUGGUUCAUUCAUGCUGAUCCUUUCAUCCACAGGUUCCAGGCAAAUGUCCCCGCUGCCCUAAAGACUCGUAGCGUUUUACUGCGAGUUAAAGCGAAUACAAAUUGU